CUCCGUACUAGUUAUGUUCCUUCUCACACUCUUUCUCCGUCUGUCGCUGUCUCUCACGUCCUUCCUCUGUUUCUCCUGCAGCAGAUCUCUCUUUGUCCCCCCUCUCUCUCUCUCUCCCUCAGAUCACUAUGGCUCAGCAGGAGGCUAGCACUUCCCCUGGUGCUGAGGUUGUUGGCCGUGCCUUUGUGGAGCAAUACUACCACAUUCUCCACCAAUCUCCCGGUUUAGUCCACCGGUUUUACCAAGAUUCCAGCUUGUUAACCCGUCCUGAUGUCACCGGUUCUGUGACCACCGUCACAACUAUGCAAGCGAUCAAUGAUAAGAUCAUGUCGUUGAGCUAUGAAGACUACACCGCGGAGAUAGACACUGCGGAUGCUCAGGAGUCUCAUGAGAGAGGCGUUAUCGUGCUGGUGACUGGACGCUUAACCGGGAAAGAUAAUGUGAGGAAGAGGUUUAGUCAGACUUUCUUCUUGGCUCCUCAAGACAAGGGUUACUUUGUCUUAAACGAUGUGUUUCGUUUCCUUGAGGAGAAAGAGGUGACCAGGUCUGUUGCCAUCAAGGAAGUUGAGGCUCCUGUUGAACCAGAACGUGUUGUUGUUGUUAGUCGUGAGGCUGAGGUUGAACCAGAGCCAGUUGCUUCUAUUGAGGAGGAAGAUGUUGACAAUGUGGCUGAGGUGUAUGAUGAUCCUUGUGAGAAAGAUGAAGGUGUUGUUGUUGACGUUGAGCCUAUUGUUGAGCCUCCUCCAGCUAAGUUAAAUCACAGUGAAGUUCUAUCAGUGUCUCAUGGAGAUCCUCCUACCUAUGCUUCAAUCCUCAAACUGAUGAGAAGCGGUCCAGCACCACCAACACACGUUGCUGCUCGGAACAAGCCAAGAGCAGCUCCGGUCAGAACCAACCAGAAGCCAACUCCUCCUCCACCUGCUGAGCAUGCAGCAGCUCCCAAUGCUUCUUUAGGUCUUGAGAAUGUUCACAACAGUAGCAAUGCUGAUGUGGAAGAUGAUGGACAUUCGAUUUAUGUCCGGAACUUACCUUUUGACACCACACCAACACAGCUUGAAGAGGUGUUCAAGAGCUUUGGUGCUGUCAAGCAUGAAGGGAUUCAAGUCAGAAGCAAUAAGCAGCAAGGUUUCUGUUUUGGUUUUGUGGAGUUCGAAACGUCUAGUGGAAGGCAGAGUGCGCUUGAGGCCUCACCUAUUACGAUUGGCGAUCGUCAAGUUGUUUUAGAGGAGAAGAAAACAAACACUCGUGGAGGAAACAAUGGAGGUGGUAGGGGAAGGUACUUUGGAGGAAGAGGAAGCUUCAGGAACGAGAGUUUCAAAGGAGGACGCGGUGGUGUUGGAGGAGGAGGAAGAGGAGAGUAUGGAAGAGGUGAGUAUUCAGGUAGACCAAAGAGCUCAAACCCUCGGAGUGGCGGAGAAGGUUACCAGAGGGUUCCACAAAACGGUGGCAGUGGAAGGGGAAGUGGAGGAGGAGGACGUGGUGGGCCUCGCGGUGGUGGUGUUUCAUCGUGACUUUGCAUCUAAUGGGCACCUGCAUAAGAGAGUAGUUUGUUAUUUUCUUUUUCUUUUGGCCUUACUACUUGAGUUUAGUUUGAUGUUUCAAGUCGUUUUGGCUGUUUUUGGUGGGUUUAGUUUCUCCACAUUCUUGCUUUCUUUUUUGUAUUUUCAUCCUUUUAAAUCCUUUGGAAACUUCUUCAUAAACAUUCAAUUUCAUAAGAAAGCCAUUAUAGAGUUUGUGUU